GUCCGUUUUUUUCUGUCCUUUCCCUCUCUUUCUCUCUGAUCAUACAACCAGACACAUACACAUAAUGCACCUAAAAUACACCACAGAAAAACUCUUUCUCUCUCUCUCAAAUUAUUACUAACAAACCCAUUUCGAUUUUAAAGAUUUAGCAGCAGUAGCAGCUGGAUUUUGGAAUCACCACUCCCUUCUACACACCAUGUGUGUUACUCUGUCACAAAUAGUUAUUUUGUUGUAACUUGUAGUAAGUAACCAUCCAAUUUCACAAUUUUCCCAACAAAUAAAAAGUUCAAAUUAAACCAUUUUCUCAGCCUGUGUCGGUCUUCAAUUCAUCAUUUCAUUCACUAACCAUUGCAAUGAUUCCAACCAAGACAAGAUUAUUGGAUCCCACUUCACCCAUGUUUAUAAUAACUGCUAAAUUCCAUGACUAUGAGCAACCCAAGAAAUGUUUAACAAUAUAGAAAGAAAGAAAACAUAGAGAAACGAAAAGAAUGGUUAUUUUUGGUGUUUGGUUAAAGAGAUUAUUUCACGUGAAACUUCUGCCAUUGUGUCCGUGACCGUCAAUUUUGCAAACCUGAAUGAACAGUUUCGAGAUUAACCACAGUAAUAAGAAGAGCUUGUUCCUGUUCUACACACUCCCAUCCCAUGCCAAUGUUCUGUUCGAUGAAUUUCUCAACAGAGUCAUCUUCAAAUUGUAGAUCUAAAGAGUGAGUUAGAUCAACGGUUUUUACCUGUAAUUUAAGUAGUUGAAUUGAAUCAACCUCUACCCAACAACAUGCAUUAAACAAUUUUCGAUAUCUUCCACACAAACAAAACCAAUUCAGCUGAAUCAAACAAACACGACAUUGCAAAUUGCAAAAUGGAGAAAUUCUCAUUCUCAUUCUCAUUUUCCUUUAUCUUUUUCAUCACAUUUCUACUUUGUUUCUUCACUUGUCAACAAGUUAGAUCACAAAGUGAUGAUGAUUCACAAUCACUUCUUUCACUUAAAUCAUCCAUAGACAUUCACAACAAACUUCCAUGGCCGGCGAAGCAAAACGACGACGUUUGCACUUGGAUUGGAGUUAAAGAUUGUUUCAAAGGAAAAGUUAGAAAGCUAGUACUCGAAUAUUUCAACUUAACAGGAACAUUAGAUUCAAAAAUCUUGAACCGUUUAGAUCAACUUCGAGUUCUUAGUUUCAAAGGAAACUCACUUUCUGGUCAAAUCCCUAAUCUCUCGAAUCUCGUCAAUUUGAAAUCUAUUUAUCUUAAUGAUAAUAACUUCUCCGGUGAGUUUCCGGCUUCUGUUUCGGUUCUUCACCGUGUUAAGGUUAUUAAUCUGUCUGGUAAUAGAAUCUCCGGCGAGAUUCCGGCGUCGUUGGUUAAGGUUCCUCGGCUGUAUGUUCUCUACUUGGAAGAUAACUUGUUUACUGGUUCGAUUCCUGGUUUUAAUCAAACCGGACUUAAGUACUUGAAUGUCUCGAAUAAUAAACUCUCCGGCGAGAUUCCGGUGACAACUGCAUUGAACCGGUUUAAUGUGUCGUCGUUUUCGGGGAAUUUAGAGCUAUGUGGAGAACAGAUCCAUAAAAAAUGCAGAAGUAGCAAUCUGUUUCCGCCAUCGUUGGCGCCGUCACCGUCGGUUGGUUCCGUUGGAGGGAACACGAAAACGACGUCGUCGAAAUCGAACCGUACAAAACUGAUAAAGAUAAUUGGAGGGAGUGUUAGCGGGUUUGUUUUGUUGUUAAUUUUGUUAAUUAUUCUUGUGUGGGUAAUUCGCAAGAACCGUAGGAAAAGGGUUGGAUCCUCUGCAGCAAGGAGAGGGAAGAGUGGUGACGUGGCAACAGGAGAAGGAGAAAAUGAUGGAGGAGGAGAGGGUAGAGGAAGUAAUUAUGAAGCAAAACAAGGAGGAUUUGCUUGGGAAAAUGAGGGUAUAGGGAAAUUGGUGUUCUGCGGAGCAGGGGAUCGUGAAAUGGGUUAUAGCUUAGAGGAUUUACUUAAGGCUUCUGCUGAGACAUUAGGGAGGGGUAUUAUGGGAAGUACAUAUAAAGCAGUGAUGGAAUCAGGUUUUAUUGUUACGGUUAAGAGGUUGAAAGAUGCUAGGUACCCUGGAUUAGAGGAGUUUAGGACACAUAUAGACUUACUUGGUAAGCUUAGACAUCCUAAUUUGGUCCCACUUAGGGCUUACUUUCAAGCUAAAGAAGAACGGCUUCUUGUCUAUGAUUAUUUUCCCAAUGGAAGCCUCUUCUCUCUUGUUCAUGGAUCAAAAACAUCUAGCGGCGGAAAACCUCUUCACUGGACAUCAUGUCUUAAAAUUGCAGAAGAUCUAGCCACAGGCCUUCUCUAUAUCCACCAAAACCCUGGCAUGACUCAUGGAAACCUGAAAUCUUCUAAUGUGUUGCUUGGUGCCGACUUCGAGUCAUGUCUCACCGAUUACGGUCUCACUGUGUUCCUCAAUCCUGACACGAUGGAAGAACCAAGUGCCACUUCUUUUUUCUAUAGAGCGCCCGAGUGCCGCAGUUUUCAGCGGCCACAAACUCAACCUGCAGAUGUAUACAGCUUUGGUGUCCUUCUCCUAGAGCUUUUGACGGGAAAAACACCCUAUCAAGACCUUGUUCAGACACACGGUUCAGAUAUACCUAAAUGGGUUCGGUCAGUGCGUGAAGAAGAAACCGAAUCUGGUGACGAUCCUGCCUCUUCAGGCAAUGAAGCUUCUGAAGAGAAGCUUCAGGCUCUAUUGAACAUUGCAAUGGCAUGUGUUUCAGUUGCACCGGAGAAUAGGCCUACAAUGAGAGAAGUUCUAAAGAUGAUAAGAGAUUCAAGAGGAGAAGCUCAUGUCUCAUCUAAUAAUAGUAGUGAUCAUUCACCCGGUAGAUGGUCAGAUACAGUUCAAAGCUUGCCAAGGGAUGAACAUCUUAGCAUAUAAUUGGAAACUUUUUUUUUUUAUGCAUUCUUAUUUUUCAUGAAUUGGUUAUUGAAUAUUGAUUUCGGACACAGGAGUAGGUGAUAAUGCUGUAAAGACAUACAUUCUUAAUCUAUUGCUUUGUGAGUACAUGUUGGUUAGAGGUAAAUUAAUGGAUAUGGAUUCAUAUCAAAGAUUCAGCUUGCAAAAGAUGUGGAGAGCAAUCCUUUCAGGUUUUGGAGUUUUUGUUUCUGCUAAUAAUGGCUUAAUGCUACAAUGCAAUCCCUUCCUUUUUCAGUGUAA